CUUGAAACCUUGUUACUAGCCGUGAUUUCCAUCCUCCCUCUCUUCUUCUCUCCCUCUCCCUCUCCCUCUCCCUCUCCCUCUCCCUCACUCUUCACGGCACCACCCUUCCAGCAGCAGGUGGCACCGCCAUUCACAGCAGCUGUGACUUCCUCCCACAGCAGCAGCCGCACUUCUCCCUCCGCCACGAGCAACCGCAGCGAGCUAGCCUUCCCACGUGCUGCCGCCUGCAGCAAGGCUGCAGACCACUCCAGCCGCCAGCAUCAGAGGCUGGGACAGCCGGUUUUGGCCCCUCCCUCCAGCCAGUUUUGGUUCUUUGCACCACCACCACAACCUUCAUCCACCUCUUCACCAUUUUUUUUUGCUAGUUUUAAACCUUCACAUCCGGUUGUUAAACACUGUUCUGGACUGCCAUCACCCUCGCUUCUCGCUUUCACAUCGCAAAUUUUCCCAAAGCCUCUCCCAUCCAUCAACAAUGGUUGGUAGAAAAUAAUUCAGAGGAAAGUGCGGCCACUGUGUUUAGCUGACACCUUAAACCAUCGAUCAUCAUGGAAUAUCUAAAAAACGUGAUUCCUUCUCAAUUAGUCGCUGAGCGAGGGGCGAAUUUAGUUGUCAUCAAUCCAGGUUCUGCCAAUAUAAAAGUCGGCCUUGCUAAUCAGGAUGCUCCUUUUGUCAUCGCUCAUUGUAUUGCACGUCGAACUACGGGAGCUAAUUUGCCCCCUAGAAAAAAUGUCGUUGAUCAGAUGCUAAACUCUCAAGUUACUACGGCUCAGCAUGUCGAGCGUGAGAGAGCUUAUGAUACCAUUGCUUCCCUUAUGAAGAUCCCUUCCCUAAAUGAAGAAGUUUCCAAUUCAUAUUCAAGGAAGAUGGCCCGUCUUGAUGGAUCAAACCUUCCAACUAGCAAAAAGGAACCAACUCUCACAUGGGCCGAUGUUUUUGAGACAAAAUCUGAUUCCUUUUUACCAACUGAAACCUCAUUGAAAAAUGAUAUCUCUGAUUUUAACAAAGUUGCUAAGCAUAAGGAGACGACUUAUGACGGUGAAUGUAAAUACAAAGAGUUCAUUUUUGGUGAAGAAGCACUAAGAAUUUCACCAUGUGAGCCGUAUUGCCUGAGGAGGCCCAUUCGUCGGGGUCAUUUUAAUGUGUCUUCAUAUUAUCCCGCACAACAGGUACUUGAAGAUCUGCGUGCUAUUUGGGAGUGGAUUUUGACCGCGAAACUGGAUAUUCCAUCCAGUCAAAGAACGUUGUAUUCAGCUAUCCUUGUUGUGCCAGAGACUUUUGACAAUCGUGGUACAAAAAUAAAAGAGUUGUUGUCCAUAGUAUUGGGAGAUCUGCGCCUUGGUGUGGCUGUUGUUCUCCAGGAAGCUCUUGCUACUGUUUUUGGAAAUGGGUUAUCAACUGCAUGUGUAGUUAAUAUUGGCGCCCAGGUCACAUCAGUCAUAUGUGUUGAGGAUGGAGUAGUGCUUCCUGCUACAGGCAUCACAUUAUCUUUUGGAGGAGAGGAUAUAUCUAGAUGUCUUCUGUGGACCCAAAGGCAUCACCAGACAUGGCCGCCAAUUCGAACUGAUGCAAUUUCGAAACCUAUUGACAUGCUGAUGCUUAAUCGACUAAAGGAGUCGUACUGUCGGAUUAAGGAGGGUGAAAUUGAUGCUGUUGUGGUAGUUCACUCAUACGAGGAAGGCAUGCCAGCUGGAGUUCAUAAGACAAGGCUAACUGCUCUUAAUGUUCCUCCUAUGGGCUUGUUUUACCCCAAGCUGUUGGUCCCUGAAGUGUAUCCUCCUCCACCUCGUACAUGGUUUCUUGAUUAUGAAGAUAUGUUGGAAGAUACUUUAGGUAUGGAAUACGCUAGGAGACCUGAUGGAUCAGACUUGUAUCUUGGCUUCAGUGGAGGACUUCCUAUGUGGGAAAGCUAUCCAGUUUUUUCCAAUAAGCUGCUCCAGAAGGAAGAAAGCCUAGGCCUUGCUGAAGCCAUCACCAAAAGCAUACUCUCAACUGCAGGACGUAUAGACCUUCAAAGAAAAUUGUUCUGCAGCAUACAACUGGCUGGAGGAACAUCUUUAACUAGUGGUAUUAUUGCUGCUAUGGAAGAUAGGGUCUUGCAUGCAAUCCCUCCUAAUGAAGCAAUUGACACAGUUGAGGUUCUGCAAUCCAGAAAUAUUUCGUCCUACGUUUCAUGGAAAGGGGGGGUGAUAUUUGGCCUCCUUGAUUAUAGUCGUGACGCAUGGAUACAUCGUGAAGAUUGGAUUCGUGGUGGCUUAUACAUUGGGAGUAAUCGCAAGUACAGAGACUCCUAUUACAUACAAGCACAACCUAUGUGCUAUAUGAAUUCUUGAUUACUUGCAGCUUUGCGCAAUAAUGCACACUGCUUACCAAGGAGACCCUAUUGUAUAAAUAGGUGAUGUAAAUUGCUAUCAAAUUAUUUGAAUAGAAGUAAAUAAAGGGAAAGGAAGUAAAGAGAUUUGGAUGGAUGAAAGAUUUCUUGUUUAAAUGUCAAAAAAGAGGGAAGGGAUUUAGUAAAUAACACUAUAUUUGGAUAGCAAAUUAGGAGAGAAAGAAAGUAAGUGAAAGGAAGGGAAGGGGAAGGAAAGGAAGGGAAAGAAAGGAGAGGCAAAAAGAGAAAAGAUUACAUUGUUUGUAUAGGAAAAAAAGGUAGGGAAAAAAAAAAGAAUUUUAUUUUCCUUUCAAAUCUUUCCUAUUAUGGAGAGAUUUGAAUGUUAACAAAAUGAGGGGAGUUAAUCCCUUCAAGUCUCUUUCCUUUUAAUCUUUUUUCUUCCUUUCUAUUAUCCAACAAGGGAAUUUCUAUUCCUCCAAAUUAUUUUUUUUCCCGUCCAUUUCUUUCCAUCUAAACAAGACUUUAAAACAAAAUUUCCAUCAAUUUCUUUUCCUUCCCUCUCUUCCUAAACAAACAAAAGGUGUGUUUCUUUCUAUUCUUUUCUCUUUACAACUUUUUCCCUUACCCUUCUUUCCCUUUAAUUUCUCUCUAAAAUCGUUAUUCAAACAUAUUAUAAAUUUUUUUCCUUGGUCUUGGCCUAUA